GCCCAUUACCCCAGUUCUCUAUCCCAACUCCACACCAUCUAUCGCAAUGGCCCCCACUGUCAAGGUUGGCGACGCCGUCCCUGAGGGCACCUUUGCCUACAUUGCCUACGCCCCAGAGCUCGACGAUCACACCGCCUGUGGUAUCCCCACCAAGCUCUCCACGAGUGAAUGGAAGGGAAAGAAGGUUGUCCUUUUCUCCGUUCCCGGAGCCUUCACGCCUACCUGCCACGUAAACCACCUGCCGCCAUACCUCGAGAAGUACGAGGAGUUCAAGAAGAAGGGCGUUGAUGUCGUCGCUGUUGUCGCCGCGAACGACGCCUUCGUCAUGAGCGGCUGGGCGCGCGUUUUCGGAUUGAAGGACAAGAUCGUCGCGCUCUCUGAUUCCGACGCGAAGUGGUCCAAGUCGCUCGGUCUUGACAAAGAUCUCUCGGCCAUUGGCUUCGGUACCCGCACCGACCGCUAUGCCUUGGUCUUGGACGACCUUAAGAUCAAGUACAUUGGGCUCGAGCCAGGAGCAGAUGUUACGGUCUCCGGUGCAGAUGCUGUCUUGGCCGCUCUCUGAAAGGACAAUCACUCUUGCAUUAGUAAUGUCAUGUGUAUCAAGUGUAAAUCUCCGACUUUUGGUGGCAUAUAUAGAUUGUAGAACCAACGGCUUGAAUGCAUCAUCGUGAAUUGUCUUC